AUGGAGCGCUUCCGUACGAACGUCUUUUGAGGAGAUUUCAAAAUGAGAGAUUCAAACGUUCGUUUCCGCCAUUUUCAAAAGAGCGAGAGCUUCAGACUGAAGCCGUCUUCUGCAUUCCUCUUUCUCCUGUUGCUCAGAAAACCAAUCUUUAUUAGGUGCCACAAACUUCAAGGAUGGUGGUGGGGAUAACGAAAUAUGAGGACAUUCGUCAGAAGCGGUUGGAAGAGAAUAAAAGGAGAAUGGAAGAGUUGAAGCUUCCUUCUCUAUCCAAUGAUCUGAGGAAGUCCGCCAUGAAGCCUUCUCCGGCUAAGAAGGUGAAGAUUACGCCUAAUCGGCGAAUAGACUCAUUCUUUGAAGUCAGAAGAUCAUCCAGGUUUGCCAAAAAACCUGCUCCAAAUUACAAAGAGACAAACUACGAUGAUAGACGAUUGUUAGGAAGGAGAAUUUACAGCCGACCUCUUUUGAUGAGUAAACAUGCUUCAAAUGAAGCAAGGACAUUUGCUAUUGAGAAAGCAGAAACCAUCCAGUCUGGUUUGGAUCCUCAGUUUCCUAGCUUCGUUAAACUCAUGCUUCAUUCACAUGUUGCAGUUGGGUUUUGGUUGGGGCUUUCUGUGGAAUUCUGCAAGCUGCACCUUCCAAAGCGUGAUACUAUUAUGAUUUUGGAGGAUGAAGAUGGGGAAGUGUACGAGACAAAAUUUCUUGCCCUAAAGACUGGGUUAAGUGCUGGAUGGAGGGGGUUUGCUAUUGCUCAUGAGUUAAUUGAUGGUGAUGCUGUCAUAUUUCAACUAGUUGAGCUAAACAAAUUUAAGGUUUAUAUAGUGAGGGCAAUAGAGCCCAAUUCUGAAAACUGAUUGUACAGAUCUUCUAAUUGCUGAUUCAGGUGUUAUAGUGACAGUAACAGGAAGACUUGAAGUCCUGAAGCAGCAUCUUGGCAUGUAUUUUCUGCACACACUCAUUAUUAAUAGAUGAAAUGCUUCUAUAUGCUGAUUUCCCAAGAACAAGCACCAAUACUACAUGAUGUUAGUGUAUGUGUCAUGAGCAACGAAAAUCUAAAUCCCUCUUGUUCUAGAUAGGAGGUACUUUCAAGGGGCCACAGCUUUCAGUUUAUAACCCCAAGAACAUGCUCAAAUUGUGUGUUACAUUUGAAAACUUGCAAUCAAAAUCAUAGGUAGAUGGCUCAUUCUGCA